GAGUACCAAACAAGUCUGAUUUUAACAUCUUCCAACACUCAACGAAUACAACACGUGAAGUUUUAGUGAAUCGAAAUGAAAUCGGCCAAAAAUAAAUUAAAGAGCAAUGAUGACUUAAAACAUCAAGAAAAGCUGGUUGAUGUUGCAGAGAAAAGCAAAAUAAUCAAAAAGGCAACGAAGUUAAAGAAACCAAAAAAGGCGAAAACCGCCAAAAAGGAUGCGGCUUUAGAGGAGGCAAAAGAGGGCCCAAAGAAUUUAUCUGUAUCUGAUUUGGCCAAGAUCGAGAAGAAAAAGGCUAAGAAACAGGCACAAAAACUAAAGAAACAGCAGAAAAAAUUAAUAGGCGAUACAGUAGAAAACAAAUCUAAUUUAAAAGCGAAAGCGCCGCCAAAAACAGAGAUAUUCGACGAAAAGAGCACGAGUUUACCAGAAGCAAAAUCAGCUACGAAGAAGACCAAAAAACUGAAAGGGAAAAAUAAAAAUAAGAAAGAUGAUGAGGAUGAAGAUGAGGUGAAACGAGAACGAGAUCCUGCCGCCGAAGCAGCGACCAUAUUUGUUGGGAAUCUGCCCAUAAAUACGAAACGGGUUCAACUUGUGCGCCUGCUGCAGCCUUUUGGAACCGUCCAAUCAAUUCGCCUACGUACGGCUGGUGGCAAACAGCUGUUCAAACACAAGCAGCGCAAGGGAGCAGGAUCCUUGAAUGCCUACGUGGUACUGAGCAGUCCAGAGAUAGCUCUAAAAGCGCUGGCGUUAAAUGGUAUGGAAUUUAAGGAGAAUCACUUGCGUGUUACGCCGGCAGCGAAGUCCAAAGGUGGAGUCGAAGCUUCUGGCAAUGAUCAAGCAUUCAGCGAUGGCGACGUCAAGCGAACCGUAUUUGUAGGCAAUCUAAAAUACUCGGCCAGUGAGCAGAAGCUGCGAGAGAUAUUCUCCAGCUGUGGCGAAAUUGACUACAUCCGCUGCCUUCAAGACGGCGAGAAGGGCUGCAAGGGUGUGGCGUAUGUUUGCUUCCAAAAGCCAGAUGCUGUUGGCCUAGCACUGGAACUCAAUGAGACCCUCUUGGAUGAUAGACCGAUACAUGUGGAACGCUAUUCGCUGAAGAAACUGGGAGCCAAGCAGGCACGCGAUUCUGCUGCUGCCGCAGCGGGGCCGCAAUCUAAGUCCAAAUUAAAGCUAAAUGCGGCAGGAGCUAAGAAGCGUAUAGACAAAAGGGAAAGGAAAGAAAAGGCAAAAGCUCAAGAGCCCGCCAAGUCCGCAGCUGGAAAAAAGAAAUCUGAAUAUCGAGGUGUUAAGGUUGAUGCAAUCAAAAAGAACAAGAAGCCAAAAAAGAAAACGAAUAGUCAAAUGAAUGCGCUUGCGAAGAAAAUAGCGCCAAUUACCAGUAAAUGAACUGCAUCAAUUAUUUAGGAACGCCCAAUUUUGAUUUGAAUUCAUAUUUUAAUCAUUUUUGUAAAUAUUUUAGUGAUACCCAA